AUGAUAACUGAUACGUUUCCUAAAAAGAAUCAUAACUGUGGUGCUCUUCGAAAGUGUCACGUGGGGGAACGCGUUGUACUUUGUGGAUGGGCGCAGAAAUUACGAAAAUUUUCCACAGAAUUGAUAUUUCUGCCUAUUCGUGAUUCAUACGGAACUACACAACUUGUAUAUAAUGCGGCAAAAAGUAAAAAUUCAGUCAAUAGCAAUGAAGAUGAUGAUGGACUCUUGGAAAAGUUAACCGGAUUGCCUGUCGAAAGUAUAAUAUGUGUUGAAGGGAUUGUCGUAGAAAGAUCCAAAGAAAAUUAUAAUGAACACAUGCCUACAGGUGAGAUAGAAGUACAGAUUGAUAAAUUGUAUUGUCUAAAUCCCGCAAAACCAUUACCUUUUUACCCUACAGAUAAAAAAUUAAUUAAUGAAGAGGUUCGUCUUAGAAAUAGAUGUAUCGAUUUACGUCGUGAUAUAAUGCAAAAGAAUCUUCGUACUCGUUCACGUGUAUCAUCGAUAAUUCAUAACUUUCUAGAUAACGAAGGAUUCGUGGAGGUAGAAACCCCUCUGCUUUUUAAAUCAACACCAGAGGGCGCAAGAGAAUUCAUUGUGCCAACUCGUACUAUUGGAUCUUUUUACGCGUUACCGCAAAGCCCACAACAAUACAAGCAAUUAUUAAUUGCCGGUGGUAUUGAUAAAUAUUAUCAAAUUGCUAAGUGUUUCCGUGAUGAGGAUCUAAGAGCGGACAGACAACCUGAAUUCACACAAAUUGAUUUAGAGAUGUCAUUUGUAACCGCUGCAGAUGUUACUUCGCUUAUUGAAAGACUGAUGGUUCGAAUCUGGAAAGAUAUUGUUGGAAUUGAAUUAAUCCCUAAUAAAUCUUUUCCGCGAAUCUCAUAUCAAGAUGCUAUGCGUAGGUUCGGUACUGACAAGCCGGAUACACGUUAUGAACUCGAGAUUUCAGAUAUUUCUAAUUACCUGUCUGAUAUCCUUGACCAAUCGAAAUCCAAGGUCGAAUGUCUUGUAAUAAAAAAAGGAGGAACAUUUACUGGCGCAGAAAUCAAAAGCAUCGAACAGCUUGCUAAUCAAUCAUUAAAUCAAGGAAAAAAGCCAGAUUCGUCUCUAUUGAACUUUGUCAAAAUCAAAGAAAAUAAUAUUAACACAUGGAUCAGCAAAGCCAAUGUUAUAAGACAAUCAACCAAUGCCACAUCUAUGCAAGAAGAGAUCACAAAGGAGUUAAAUGUGGAGAUUGGUGACUUAGUAGUUGUGAGCAAGAGCGAUGCCAGAUUAUCAGGUGUUAACUGGACAACGAUCGGCCGUAUACGUACAAAUGCCGCGAAUUUAUUAAGAAGUAAAGGCUUAAUCCAGUUUAAACCUAGCCUUUCAAAUUUUCUCUGGGUUGAACAAUUUCCAUUAUUCACACGAGAUCAAGAUACUGGGUUGCUAACAUCCACUCACCAUCCAUUUACGUCACCUGAGCCUGGUGACAUUAACUUAUUGUUUGACAAUCCGGAACUAGUUCGAGGUCAACACUAUGACUUAGUUCUAGAUGGUGUAGAAAUAGGUGGUGGUUCCAUUCGUGUACAUUCCUUUGAGUUACAGCAAGAUAUCCUAGAAAAUAUAUUAAAGAUCAAAGACAUUAAACAAGCUGGUUUUCAGCAUUUAAUCGAUGCACUUGGAAGUGGGUGUCCGCCGCAUGGUGGUAUUGCAUUAGGUUUUGACAGGCUCAUGUCUGUUAUUUUAAGGACUGAGUCCAUACGUGACGUGAUCGCAUUCCCAAAAAAUGGAACUGGAAAUGAUCUUUGUGUUGGCAGUCCUUCUUUUAUUUCUAAAGAGAGAAUACGUCUCGAUUAUGGCAUACAAUUAUUGUCAUCAUCAUUUGAUGAAAACCAAUAA